CUUUGGUUAGGAUUAGGUAUGAUCAUUUAUAUGUGGUUCUGAUUCUUUAAAGAUAUGUAACAGAGGCCGAUGAAACAAUUAUUUUGAUUCCGUGGCGACGGAUUUUGCUUCUGCAACAAAUUCUUGAUUUUGCGUUGGUAGCCUUAGCAAUAAGAAGCAAACAAAAAUAUGGUCGAGACGCGAGCUCAGCAUCGAAGGCGAGUGACAUCACAGACAUGGGGUAAGGUAGAAGGUGCCGAAGAUGUGUUUCAUGACAUCUUUUCUCGACUGUCAGUAAGGUCUAUCCGUUCAUUCAAAACGGUUAACAGAUACUGGCAUGCCUCAAUUAGCAACAAACAUUUUGCUACAAAACAGCUAGCUCAGUCGAGAAAGAAGCCCUCAUACAUAGCUUGUCCUAGAGCAUACAAGGCUAUGAAGUUGUACUUGUUGAAGCCAGGGAAGUUCAACUAUCGACACCAUGCUACAGUUGAUCCUCCGGGAAGAAGCGCCGAUCACAACAUGCACAUGAUAGCAUCGUUCAAUGGAUUAGUAUGCUGCAUCAACCAACUCUCUGAUGAAAAUGAAGAUCAUCAGAUAUGGAUUUGCAAUCCCUCUACUGAAGAGACUCUGCUUCUUCCUCAAGGCAGACCAUCUGUUUGGACUGAACCAAGUAUUGGAGUUGCAUAUGGUCCUGACAUUAGCGAGUACAAAAUUUUCCGCAUAUUCUGUGUGGGCAAGAGAAACGCUGGAAAAGGGGAUUAUCUCUACGAAUGUGAGGUGUAUUCAUCUAGCAGUGGUGCGUGGAGGGGCAUCGGCCCUGUGCUUCAUCUUCCAAUGUAUGUUUGCUUCAGUCCACACAGAUCCGCUCAUGUCUUUGCAGGAGGGAAGAUCUACUGGCUGGUUUCUCUUGAAGAUCCUGCAGGUAUAAUGCUCUCUGUGGAUAUGGAGGAGAACUUCGAAGUUAUGGAGCUGCCUUAAUAUUCAACAGACCUGCGUUACGAAGACAGGAUAACAGCUGCUACGUAUCUGAUAAACCUGGGAGGAUCUCUGUCACUGGUAGUUCUACAUGUGGGUUACUUUGACGUAUGGGAGUGGAAAGAAGCUAGUUGGGUACUUGUAAUCGAAGAUUAUUUGCCAUUCAUGGACUUUUGUGAUAUUGUAUUAUUCAUGACCUCGUCAGAGAAGGAGAUCCUGUUUGUGACUGACUCGCACUUGUGGACUUAUCAUUUGGAUACUAGAAAGUGGAAAAAAAGGGGCAGGCCUCCUACUCGAUUUACGAAUCCUGCUAUCUUCCCCUUCACCGAAAGCCUUCUUCCAUGCAAUGGAGGGGUGAGGCUAGAAGAAAGGUGAAGAAGAGUACUUAUCAUCUCUGGCUUGUUGGUGGUGCUUUGAUUUAUCUUGCAGAGGCUGUGUGUUUCUCACUGGAUAGAUACUCUUUUUAUUUUUCCGUUCUAAAACUUUUCAUUUCGUUUAAUGUUUCUGGUGAGAAGCUGACUAUUAGUGUUGUUGUGGCACUCUGUUUCCAUUUGUUUCUUACUUAAGAUUCUGAAAUGUGCUUUCUUAUUACUCAGAAUAACAUCCAGUAUUAUCAACCUGUUACGGUUUUCUAAAUUCAUUUUUUUUUUGCUAAGUUGACUGAUUACAAUCACUUGCAAAACCAUAUCUAUUUGACUGACUUCCUGGAGCUUUCGUUCAUAUGUUUUCAUGAUGGUUCACUUAAAUGUAUAUCGAUUCAACGGUUGUUCAUAUUCAACGACACAUCUUCUCAUGCCGAUUUACUUGACAAAUCUUUUCCUGUCAAAAUUGAAUGUGUAAUGACGGAAAUGGUUUGAUCUUUCCUCAAACCUUGCGGAUUCUAAUUUGGACCUUUCAUUUAGAUGAUAUCAUGAUGGUUCGUUUGGACCUUUCAACAAUCUUUAUCGUCUUUAACAGUUCAGGGGCAAUGUAUCCUACCGUAUUUCUAGCGUCUAGCAUUGACAUGACGCUCUCUUUAUUUUUUGCAGAGCUUAGCAAGACCGAAAUUAGAAAAUCUUGGGACAAAGAUCCUUGUCCAUGAGUAUGUUUUGCGGCUUUAUAUCGAUAUGCACAAUCCUUGAUACACAACGGUUGUGUAAAUACUCUAGGCCACGAGAGACACCUAACGCAAUGUCAUAUAGCCUUUCCCAUUCUAUCUUGGUUGACAUAUUCUCGGAGAUAAACUUGUCUAGGGAUCCAUUAGGCAUGAACUCAUAUACUAUAGCUCUUUUGUUCCCUUCAUAACAGAACCCAAGCAGAGAGACAAUAUUUACAUGAGAUGUUCUACUCAUGCUAGCUACUUCGUUGAUGAACUCUUCUCCGGUUCCCUUUCCUUUACAUGAGACAAUAUUUGCACUCCCCUGACGCAGCUAUACGUGUUUUUGAUCAUUCUACAUUCUCCGCCUGGAUUGUGACAGCGGAUGCAGCCUGGAGGCAGGUGUAUAUGAAGAGAGAAAGUAGCAUUAAGAAUAGACUGGUUCUUGUUUCUUAGAAUCACCUAGCUCUCUGGUGUCUUGAUAGCUGAACACCCAGAAAUAUCUCCCAGAUUAGAGUAAUACAAGUGCUUCUUCUUCCUUUGCAAUUCGGAUAAGUGAAACCAUUCUUCCUCCUACUGUUGUUGGACUUGUACAAAGUAGUCAAGUCGAGCCAUGGAGAAUCUGGAAGAUAAAAGCUUAUCGAGUCACUGCAUGAUCCUGUUUCCAAGCUUUGCUUGAGCCUAGGGUCGGUGACAGUUAUGGUGUUGGCUUGAGAGACGCUCUUGAGUCUAUACCAUUGUGACAUUGUCCGUUUUCCUCAAACUGUAUUUUUUGGAAUCUCUUGAGCACUGCAAUUCAUCAAGAACAGACCGCAUCGAGACUGCAUGUCUGUGUUAAAGAAAGGGAACCUGAAGUCGAGGCUUCCACAGGAGAACGUUCUGACACAGUGUGUCAAGUUCUUGCUCCUGGCUUUUGGCAUGAGAAAGAAGAGGAAGAAGAAGACCAACACAGAGACAGUCUUCAUUGGUGUUGUGAUUACAGACUUGUGUUUCUUGAUAUUUCUAUCUACAACUAGGAUAAGACCUGCGCAAGAGUUUAUUUGUAUAUAUUAUCGAUAGUUUCUUUUAUACAUUUGAUCAUUUUAUUUAUAUAUAUAAAAUAUUUGUUGUUGUUAUUAUAUAAUUUCUUUCCAAUGAAUCGGAUCAAUUUUUAUUAAAAAUAAUGGAACAAAAGUAUAAUUAAUACAUCAUGGGUUGAUCGGAUUGGACAUUAAACAAAUUAUGACAUAAAAACCUUAUUUUUUCCAUCGAACACAUUCUU